AUGAGCUCAGCUCCAUCAUCCUCCGGAACGAGAUAUCUUGCUGAUUUGCAGAACAAUGUCAAAGAUGAUUUGGUUAAUGGGGAAUACAGUGGAAAUGGAUAUCCAUACAAAUACACCGCCGCUCGACCUCGCUUCAACCUGCAUACCAAAGUGGUGGGAACUGGCAAGGACGAGAAGCUAGAAGCUACUUUCAUCAAAAGUCAGUGCAAAAUGUGCAUUAUUUGCAAGAGAGCCGGCGUCAACCUUCUCUCUUGCGAAGGAUUCCGAAAUGGAGAGGAGAAGUGUAUGAGUCAAUUCCAUUUGGAAUGUAUAAAAACCUACAACGACGGGGAGUUCUUCUUCCAGUAUGCCGCACUCCCAGAAUGCCAAAAUAGGCUGUUGUGCUCACUUCAUUGUUGCUAUAGUUGCAAUAAAAGUGGCCACAGACAAUCAGCUUAUUACGGCAAACUGGUCGAGUGCCAUCGUUGCUUGAGAUCCUAUCACAAGGAUACAUGUAUUCCAUGUGGAUCGAAAGAGUGGGAAGUACUCUGGAAAGACGAGAUGAUGGAGGAAAGUAUGCUCGAGUGCCCGACGCAUUUUGAGCAAAAGGAAACGAAGGCUCCGGAGAAGAUGAAGAAGUUCGCAUGUGACAUCACACAUUGCCACUACUGCGGGGAGUCGGAGGAAGAGGACGAGCUGACUAAAUGUAAGAAGUGCCCGCGAGUAUACCAUCAAAAUUGCGUCUUUGUCAAAAGGAUCGACGGAGAGAUGGCUGACAAGAACCAAUGUGAUGUUUGCCGUGAGAAUGGAGUCAUUCGCCAGAACACUCCAGUUCUCGCCAAAUUUAACUUACAUUUCUGGCUUGGAAUCACUAGAAAGUGGGAUGACUACCCGCACAAAAUAGAUCAUAAAUCUGGUAUGAUUGUGGUGGAGUGGCUCGAUAAAAAAGGAAAAGGACAGAAGUCUAUUGUUCCAUUGAACCAAGUUGUUCAUUUGACCACGAAGUACUUAAAAAUGGCCAGAGGAGAAGAGGAAAGGAAACAAUGGGAAGAUGCAGUGGCGAAAUUCAAAUCGAGAGAAGAAUUCCCAGUUAUUUACAAAAAGGUCACUAAGGACCUGAAGAAAGCGAAGUUCUACAAAGUGCCGGAAGAACCAGUACAUAAAAUUAAGAUGGAUAAAAACUGUGGAUGUUCUGAUGAUUGUUCGAAUAACUGUGCAUAUGGUUCGAGAAAUUUGGAGUGUCCUCCCAGCUGCCGAAAGUUUCGAAAUUGUGUUAACCGAUUUGUCUCGAAAGGAAAAUGCAGCAAGAAAAUCCGUUUAGUGAAAACGGAUACAAAAGGAUAUGGAGUAAAAGCAAUUAAAGAUAUCGGAGAUGGCGAAAAGUUGGCGGAAUAUAGUGGAGAGAUAAUCUCUGCGGCAGAAAGGGCGAAAAGACUCAGCCUAAUCGAUAUGGCUGACGACUUGGAGCCAAAUCGAUAUUUGAUGGAUAUUGAUACUCGUUGGUCUAUCGAUUCAGCGAGAAAGGGCAAUAUCACGAGAUACAUUAAUCAUUCUUGUGACGCAAAUACGGAAGCCCUCCAUAUCAAAGUGAUUCAAAGUGGCUCAUUCAAACUCCGAAAGAAUGUGCUACCAUACCGACCCGCCGUCAUCAUCCGGGCAAGGCGAUCCAUCAAGGCAGGAGAGGAGAUCACACUCUACUAUAAAAUGAAUAAUUUGAUGGAGAUUUGCCUUUGUAAAAGCAUUAAUUGCUCAGGGAAGAAGAAAAGAGCCAAAAGUGAUGAAAAAGAUGAGGAUGAUAAAGAUCAGCCGAGUACCAGCCGUCGUCAGCCGACCAGCGGAAAGAGAAAGAAGAGGCCAGUGAAGGAAGAGGAAGUGGAUGAUGAGGAGAACCACAACCAACUUUCAACUACCCAGCGUCCAGGAAAGCGUCAGUGCAAGCCAAGGAAGUUUUUUUGA